AUGGCGACGUUGGGAAGGUUCGAUCAGUUCAUCGAGGACAGUGACGAAGAUUUUCAGUCCUACGUGGAGUGGUUCGACCACUUUCUGAAGGCCUCCCAGGUGAGCGACAACCUGAAGGUGUCAGUGUUCAUAACGGCAAUAGGAAAGAAGGCCUACAAAACUCUGCAAACGUUGCUAGAACACUGGACGCUGAAAACGCUGCUGCAGCCAGAAAAGCCAGAAAACAACAUGUACGCACAGUUAGUACAGACACUGAAAGAGCAAUACGUUCCCAAAACUUCCAUGAUUGCCGAGCGUUUCAAAUUCAAUCGUUGUUUUCAACAAGAUGGGCAAGCGGUGACAGCCUUCGCUGUAGAGCUGAAGUGGUUGGCGACAUCCUGUAAUUUCGGAACGUUUCUGGACGACGCGCUGCGCGACCGGUUUGUGGCAGGACUUUGCGACAAAAAAACACAAGCAGAGCUGCUAAAGACAAGCAAGCUGGCUUUUAAAGAGGCCUGCGAUAUCACUAGAAGUAUCGAGUUGGCCAGGAAAGAAAGCCAGAAUUUUCAGCCCAAGGCGGCGCAAGGAAUGAUCAGCACCUUUAACCGCAAAACAGAUAGCGAGAAACGCCCACCACACUGGAGAGAAGAAACUUCGGGGAUGCCUGCUGGCACCAGGGGGGCGGAACCACUGCACUGUUUCCGAUGCGGCUCAGAGCAUGAAGCAUGUAUCUGCAAAUUUCGCAAGUACCAAUGUCGGGUACCUGAACACACCGACCACAACCACGGGGCAGACACUGGCAGAACAGUUUUUGUCGUGGUCGCCCUGCACUCGUCCGACUAUGCUACAGCCAGACCUGGAGAGACGGAUGGAAGAACGGUUCUCCAAAGUAAAGGCCCAAGUUGA